AUGUUGUAUGAUGGUAUUAUGCCAUGUGAGUAUGAAAUGAACGAUCUAAGAGUGCCGGAAUUAAUAUCGGCGCACAAGGACGUGGCUUGGCCACUAAUAGCUGAGGACGUUACAGUCUACGUUGAUGAUAUUGUCCUCAUCAGGCCCAACCUCAAUGAGCUUCAGCGUUUUCAAGAGUCCCUUCAUACCCAGUUCAAACUCAAGGCACUCGGCAUGCUCAAAUACUUCCUUGGUUUUGAAAUUACUCGCUCAAAAUCUGGUCUCUUCCUCUCUCAACGCCAGUACACACUUCAGUUACUUGAAGACACAUGCUAUCUUGGAAGUAAACCAGCAAAAUCGCCAAUGGACCCAAGGUUGAAGUUCACUGACCAGCAAGGUGACCUUCUUUCUGAUCCUUCCCGGUAUAGGAGACUUGUUGGCCGUCUUCUGUACUUGACCCUCUCCAGACCUGACAUCACAUACUCUAUCCACACUCUUAGCCAAUUCAUGGCCACUCCACGUACAGAACAUCUCCAAGCUAUCCAUCAUCUUCUAAGAUACCUCAAGGGUCGACCGGGUCAAGGACUUCUCUAUUCCUCUUCUUCUUCACUUCAUCUCAGGGGUUUUUCAGAUUCAGAUUGGGCUUCCUGCUCGGUUACUAGACGAUCCACUACAGGUUUUUGCAUCUUUUUAGGCGAUUGUUUAGUUUCUUGGCGCACAAAGAAACUACCUACAAUUUCUAAAAGCUCUACCAAAGCUAAAUAUCAUGCCUUAGCUGCUACUGCCAGUGAGAUUACAUGGAUUCAAUACCUUCUCAAAGAUCUUCAAAUUCUCUCAUCUACACCAGCCUUUAUCUACUGUGAUAACCAGUCAACUAUUCACAUAGCUAAUAACCCUACUUUCCAUGAGAGAACCAAGCAUAUUGAGCUUGAUUGUCACUUUAUUAGAGACAAAGUCAAGACCUGCUCCAUUCGAUUGAUUCCUAUCAGCAGCAACCUUUCAACUAGCUUACGCAUUCACAAAGGCAUUGCCUUUCACCACUCUUCAUUCUCACGUUAUUGCAAGAGUCACAUUGAUGUUGAUUUUGAGUUCAUAGAUAUGUUAAUGUUGUGA